CGAAAGCCUGUUAUAAUAAUUAUGCGCAUCGGCGGUAGGAGCUUGAGGGCGGUAGAAGCUUGGAUGUCGGCCCCGAGCUUCAGGCGCCGGUUCCGUGACCGGGUAUCAGACACGCCGUCGGGAUCACGAGCCCGUGGUAACAAGUACAUAGCUUACGUACGAAAGUAUUGCACUGUUGUACCAACCAUACCAACUUCAGCCUUCCUGACCCUUGCGCGCCAUUUUACCAGACAUUAUGAGCCGUGUGAAGAGGAGACGAAGCGAAGACUUCUUGCUGGCAAAUGUGCCGGCUGACCUUCUUAUCAUCACUUCUGACAGUGAAAGACCGAUUGAAGCGCACUUCAUUGUGCUGCUGCCCUGCAGCAAACUGGUCCGCGAUUUGCCUCGCGCCAGCAGCGGCAAGACAAUUUGGGACCUGUCCAAGCUGGUGUUGGAGGGCCAGAGCAGCCCGGUGUCCUCGGCCGUGGUGCGGCAGUGGCUCAGCCAUCUCUACUCCCGCGUAGAUAUCGCCCAGAAGACACCUUUGUUCCCCAGCCUGUCGGAGGCCGCGCAGUCGCUGCUGCUGUUCGCGGACGCCGUGGGGACCAGCACCGCCGUUUUGCGUUCACUCUGUGACGCGCUGACGUCGCAGCCCGGCCUGACGCUGCCCGUGGUGGUGAACGGCGGCGCUGGCGGGACCGCUGAUGCGGCUGCCGCUGGCGGGGCCGCUGGCGGAGGCGGGGCGGACGCCGCGCCUCCGCCUCCGCUUCCUCCUCUGCAGCUGGAGCUGGUGCUGCGCGGCAAGCUCUAUUACGUGCUGGGUGGAGAGAUGCGCGUUUUCGAUGUGCCGUACGCUAGCGCUUUUCAGGCAUUAAUUGCGGCGUCAGCCUUCGAGCCGUAUAAGGCCGCCCUUUCCGGCGCAGUGGCGGCCGCGCUGGAGGGCUGGCUCUACCUGGCAGGGCGCGUCGGGCUGGUGGCGUUGGUGCGGCUCCUGUUCGACUUCUUCCAGUCACACCUGCUGCCGGGGCACGCUUCAAUGAUUCUGGACAGCACUAAAGCGGUACUCAGCCGGCGCGUGCUGGAGUGCAUGCCGCACGAGCUGCUGGUGGAGGGCUUUGUGAGCGAUCGCCUGUGGGGCCCCCAGCUGGGCCAGGCCGACGUCGCCAUCGGCAGCCAGCUCAGACUCGUCAUGCGCUCCCCGCACACGGCCGCAUGCUUUGGUCUGGGCCCAGGCACGCAGCUGACCGGUGACGCAGUGCGGCAGCAGGACACGCUGCAACAGGGCGCCAACGUCAACGUCCUGCGACUGUCCGUGGGCGGCCUGACCCCCGCACAGCACCAGCAGGCGGUGCUGGCGGUGAUGCAGCAGCUGGAGGAGGAGGAGGCGGGCAGCACGGCCGGCGGGUCCAAGUAGCUGAGGCGGUGGGGCGGGGUGCAGGUUGCCUGUUUUGCAGGUGGCGUUGGCUGACCGGCGGUGAGAAACUGUGUAAUGUAGGCUGCGGCUGCAGGUUGCAUGAGAGCAGUCAUCCAGACUUCCAGUGGACCAGUAAGCCUGGGGAGGCAUGGGCAGGCAUGGAUGUGCGAUGGGACAGUGUUAAGGCAGGUUGGUCAAGUCCCGUACCAGGUCCCGUACCUGUCCCGUACGGUGCAGCUGAUGGGCAGGCAUGGAAUGGAACUAUGGAAGCCCACGUAUGAACUGUUGCUGCACAUUAUGAAUUUCCUGUUGUCACGUCGCAAAUUCAUGUCACUAACUCUGGCGUCUGCGUACGGUAAACAGACUACGCAAGUGCCAGGGUUUCCCAGGAUCCAAGUGCAUCCCACUCGCGCUCUACCCUACGGGCCGGCCGUCAAUACCAUUCCUAUAGAAUUGUAUACCACAUGUAAGGUCAUUAGAGU